AAACAAAAAAAUACCUCCCAAUACCUCCCAAAGGAAGUGGAACUUGAGUUUUAUAUAUCUUGGCUGGAGGAGAUAAUAAAGGAAGGAAGCAAUGCAGAAAAAACUAUCAUCUACUGUCAAACUAUAAAACAAUGUAGCAUUAUCUUCACUACUAUAAAGUCUCUGCUAGGAAAGCAUUGUUUUGUGGAUGAUGAAGAGAACUGUAAAAGAACUGUGGUGGAAAUGCUCCAUUCUUGUACACCGCAAGCAAAUAAGGAAAACAUUUUAAAAUCCUUUAGUGAUGUAAAUGGUUCAAUUCACAUUUUAGUAGCCACCAUUGCCUUUGGCAUGGGGGUCGAUUGUAAAGGUGUCCACAGAACUAUUCACUUUGGAYCUGCCAAGAACAUUGAAUCAUUUGUUCAAGAAAGUGGCAGAGCAGGACGCGAUGGUGUUCAAAGCUAUGCCUAUGUUCUAUAUACAGGAAUGUUACUUACUCAUGUGGAAGGCGACAUUAAACAAUUUAUCAAAACAACAGAGUGUCGAAGGGAAUACCUCAUGAAACAAUUUGAUCAGUCACCUAGUSAAACAUUAAARCCUCCAAUACAUCAUAUGUGCUGUGACAAUUGUGCACAAUUAUGUGAUUGUGGACUGCCAGAAUGUAAAWUUUUUGMCAAAUUCCCAGUACAGUCAGAUCCUGAAAUACAUGUUUCAASCAAUGAGAGGAAAUGCAAUACAAAGCAGUUGCAAAAAUUACAUGAUGAGUUGAGAUUGUAUCAUAAAACUCUCAUAAUGGAGCUGAUGAGCCAAUAUUCAAAUGGUGACAUUAAAACUCUUACAAAUGUACAUUAUCUGGUUGGAUUUUCAGAUCUUCAGAUUUCACAAGUACUAACAUAUUGUUCAAAGCUUUUCAACAUGAAAGAUGUCUAUAACUACAUUGAGAUCUGGGACAAAAAACAUGCAAUCAAGAUUUUGGACCUGCUCAGGUUCACAUUUGGAGACAUUCCUCCAGCCGAAGCUGAUGAUCUUGCUAGUACUGAAGCAGACGACUCACUCUGUGAUGAUGAGGAUGACUUAAUGGAAAGUGAUUGGCAUUGCCUUUUUGAUGAUGAUGAACUUCUAGACCUCAUGAUUGAAAACUUGUCUUUCUCAUUAAUGGACAAUUCAAAUGACAAUCAGAAUGAACAUUCCAUUGUCACAGACAUAAGGCAGGAAGCAUUACAGCUACUUGAAAAUGUUACAUUUGAUGACGAACAGAAUUAGUAAAAUAAAUAAUAAUACUGAUUAUAAUAAUACUGAUUUAUUGUUUAGGAAAAUAGAUUCUUUAAAUAAUGAAAUUUGAAUGUAUAAUUAGAAGUACCAACUCAAGAAAUGACAGACCAAUAAAUAUAUUUAUAUGUGUCCUUGACUUGUCAUAAAUAGCUUUUUGCAUGAAUAAAUAGCUACAUAGUCAAAGUAAUUAAGCCCUUAAUUUACCAAAAAAUAACACCAGUUACAUAUGACACAUUGGAAUCUCAUAAAAAUCCCAUUAGAAAUAAGAUACUGUUGAUAAUUCUUUUAACAAUAACAAUAUCAAGGAUGCACUGUCAUAAUCUACAUGUAAGUAAAGCAGUA